UCCGGGUAGCAGCGCCCCCCAGCGGCACUGACCCCGGAAGUGCUCGGCGCCUGGUUACUGCGGAGACGCGGCGGCAGUUGGCGGCUGACAGGCGCGUGGUUUGGUUUAAAGGGCGAUUUCUCCGGCUGACAGUCGCCCCGCGGUAGUUGGACGAGGGGAGAUCUGACGGGCUCGGACAGCAUGGCCGGGUAUUUACCUCCGUGUGUCAUUGACUGCGGGACCGGAUAUACAAAGCUUGGCUAUGCAGGUAACACAGAACCACAGUUCAUCAUUCCUUCUUGCAUAGCUAUCAAAGAAUCAGCCAAAGUAGGUGACUAUGCGCAACGAAGACUGGUGCGGGGAGUGGAUGAUCUAGACUUUUAUAUAGGAGAUGAUGCUGUAGAUAAACCUACGUAUGCCACAAAGUGGCCCAUUCGACAUGGUAUAGUUGAAGAUUGGGAUCUAAUGGAAAGGUUUAUGGAACAUGUGAUAUUCAAAUAUCUGCGGGCAGAACCUGAAGAUCAUCACUUUUUAAUGACAGAACCGCCUCUCAACACACCAGAGAACCGAGAGUAUCUCGCUGAAAUUAUGUUUGAAUCCUUUAAUGUCCCAGGACUUUACAUUGCAGUCCAGGCUGUGCUAGCGUUAGCUGCAUCCUGGACCUCAAGGCAGGUGGGAGAACGCACACUAACGGGCACAGUAAUAGACAGUGGUGAUGGAGUGACUCAUUGUAUUCCAGUGGCUGAAGGUUAUGUCAUUGGAAGUUGUAUUAAACACAUCCCUGUUGCAGGUCGAGAUAUUACCUUCUUCAUUCAACAGCUCUUGAGGGAAAGGGAAAUAGGAAUACCACCUGAACAAUCCCUGGAGACUGCCAAGGCCAUCAAGGAGAGAUAUUGUUAUAUCUGCCCAGAUAUAGUGAAGGAAUUUACCAAGUACGAUACAGAUCCUGACAAAUGGAUUAAGCCAUACAGUGGCAUCAACGCUAUUAGCAAGCGCCAGUUUGCUGUGGACGUGGGCUACGAGAGGUUUCUGGGCCCUGAAAUUUUCUUCCAUCCUGAGUUUGCAAAUCCGGAUUUUAUACAACCAAUUUCAGGUGUGGUUGAUGAAGUGAUACAAAAUUGCCCCAUUGAUGUAAGGCGGGCAUUGUAUAAGAAUAUAGUUCUUUCUGGAGGUUCGACAAUGUUUAGGGAUUUUGGACGUCGCCUGCAAAGAGAUCUAAAAAGAGUAGUGGAUGCAAGAUUAAAAAUUAGUGAAGAGCUUAGUGCUGGUCGAAUAAAGCCAAAGCCAAUUGAGGUUCAGGCAAUAACGCAUCAAAUGCAAAGAUAUGCAGUUUGGUUUGGUGGCUCCAUGCUCGCAUCAACGCCUGAGUUUUACCAAGUGUGCCAUACAAAAAAAGAUUACGAAGAAUUUGGUCCUAGUAUCUGUCGGCACAACCCAGUUUUUGGUGUUAUGUCAUAAUAGCACAUGAUUUCCGCAUAGGAAUUAAAGGGCCUGCUACAAAACAGGAUGGGUGUACCAACUGACACAUUUAUACCCUGCUGAAUCGAAAUCUGGGCUUUCCUGGAAAUACCUGGAAUGUUUAUGCUAUAAAUUUUGGGCACUGUCUAGACUCAUUUCCAUUUAGCUCACUGUGCGCUAGCUAUUUAUGUUCUGUUUCCUAUAUUUAAGCUUAAUAGGCAAAGUGUUUUGGAUCCGAGGUAUAGUACACACAGUGCCCUCCAUAAUGUUUGGGACAAAGACCCAUCAUUUAUUUAUUUGCCUUGGUACUCCACAAUUGGAGAUUUGUAAUAGAAAAAAAAAAUCACACGUGGUUAAAGUGCACAUUGUCAGAUUUUAAUAAUGGCCAUUUUUAAACAUUUUGGUUUCACCAUGUAGAAAUUACAGCAGUGUUUAUACAUACUCCUCCCAUUUCAUGGCAACAUAAUGUUUGGGAUACUGCAAUGUCACGUAAAUGAAAGCAGUUAUGUUUAGUAUUUUGUUGCAUAUCCUUUGCAUGCAAUGACUGCUUGAAGUCUGCAAUUUAUGGACAUCACCAGUUGCUGGGUGUCUUCUCUGGUGAUGCUCUGUCAGGUCUGCAUUGCAGCCAUCUUUAGCUUAUGCUUGUUUCGGAGGCUAGUACCCUUCAGUUUUCUCUUCAGCGUAUAAAAGGCAUGCUCAAUUAGGUUCAGAUCAUGUGAUUGACUUGGCCACUCAAGAAUUGACCAUUUUAUAGCUUUGAAGAACUCCUUUGUUGCUUUUGCAGCAUGUUUGCGAUCAUUGUCUUGCUGUAGAAUGAACCGCCGGCCAAUGCGUUUUGAGGCACUUGUUUGAACUUGAGCAGAUAGGAUGUGUCUAUAUACUUCAGAAUUCAAUAUGCUACUACCAUCAGCAGUUGUAUCAUUAAUGAAGAUAAGUGAGCCAGAACCUUCAGCAGCCAUACAUGCCCAGGCCAUAACACCCCCACCACCGUGUUUCACAGAUGAAGUGGUAUGCUUUGGAUCUUGGGCAGUUUCUUUUCUCCUCUAUACUUUGCUCUUGCUAUCACUCUGAUAUAAGUUAAUCUUCAUCUCAUCUGUUCACAAGACCUUUUUCCAGAACUGAGGUUGCUCUUUUAAGUUUGUCUUGGCCAUCCUAUUUUUACGGCUAACCAGUGGUUUGCAUCUUGCAGUGUAGCCUCUGCAUUUCUGUUCAUGAUGUCUUCUGCGGACAGUGGUCAUUGACAAAUCCACACCUGACUGCUGAAGAGUGUUUCUGAUCUGUCGGACUGGUGUUUGAGGAUUUUUCUUUAUUAUAAAGAGAAUUCUUCUGUCAUCAGCUGUGGAGGUCUUCCUUGGCCUGCCAGUCCCUUUGCGAUUAGUAAGCUCACCCAAACAUUAUGGAGGGCAUUGUAUACUAGUUUUUGUAAAGCAAUGCAGUUAGCAUUUAUCCUCCCUUUCCUCCGAUUAAAAUAAGAUGGUUCGUUUGAAGGGAUUUGUUUCCUUUUAUAAAUAUAGAAAGAUAUAUUGCAAAUCAUGUGACAGAGCAGUGUUUAUAUUUCAUAAUUUUUGUAUUCUAAGUCAAACUGUUUCCUAGCACAAUUCUGAUGUGUAUAUUGAUAUAUACAAAUUGAGUAUUUUUGACUUGGGAUGUGGGGUUCCUUGGGCAAUGUGGGUGGGCAUGGAUAGUUUGUUUAAAUAAAAUAAAGUUCCCUCUUGGGACUUGUUUUUUGUUGUUGGAAUAUAAUUACCCUUAAAUUAUCAGUUUUCAGUUGGGAGUGUUAGUUAUAUUAUGUCUUAAACGUUGGUGGUAUCUGUACAGUAAUUUAUUACCAGUGUUUCAGAUUGUUUAUUUCAAGCGAGAAUAUUGAAAAACGUGUUAAUUAAUUUGAGAUUUGGAUAGUUGGAUGAAAAGCUACCUUGCACCAGUCUAAUAAAGAUGCUUCAUA